CGCACACGCGCGAACGUUCGAUCAUGACAAGUGCACACUUCGCGAUAUUCGCCACCUGCAUAGCUUUUGCUCAUGCAGGCAUCCUCCUCACUCACGGUCCAGGCUGUCCGGAGCAACAUGGCAUACAGACGUACGCCCACCCUGAGAACUGCGAUCAGUUUUUCCUCUGUACGAACGGCACACUGACGGUUGAGACGUGCGAAAACGGCCUUCUGUUCGACGGCAAAGGCGCCGUUCACAACCACUGCAACUACAACUGGGCUGUCGAGUGUGGGGAGAGGAAAGCUGACUUGACACCCUACUCGACCCCCGGCUGCGAGUACCUGUUCGGCAUCUAUCCUGACAGCGCCGAGUGCUCCACCAGCUACAUCAAGUGCGCGUUCGGCGUGCCGGAGCAGCAGCCCUGCGACCCCGGCCUGGUCUACGACGAGAGGAUCCACGGCUGCAACUGGCCCGACCAGCUUAUACCCUUCUGCAACCCUGAAGCUGUCAUCGGAUUCAAGUGUCCCACGAAGGUGCCGGCCAACACCCAGGCCGCUAAGUUCUGGCCGUUCCCCCGCUUCCCCGUGCCCGGUGACUGUCACAGACUGAUCACCUGCGUAGAAGGCAACCCUCGCCUCAUCACCUGCGGAGAAGGCAAGGUUUUCGACGACCAGAACCUUACAUGCGAAGACCCUGAGCUGGUACCCCACUGCGCGCAUUGAGUUGAGAGUUGAGAGAAUUGAAAAACGAAAACCAAUAAUAGUAAUAAAGAGAAUUUACUGAGUAUAAUA